GGCAGUCGUUGACUUGUUCAUUGGUUGCUAUCGCCCGUAUUACUUGCUAGACACCAAGAGUCCAAGACAGUUAGCGGCCUGUGUUCAUACCGUCCAUUUCUAGUUCACCUCUCACAUAGCCGUUUCCCGGCAUUGCCUGGUAUAUCGUUCGUUAAAUUACCCCAGCACGCAUUACAUUGUGUUCAUCACAUCUGCAUACCACGGCAUCUUCACCUGGCCGGGUGCCAUCCGAGAUGUCAACGUCAACAAUUGAGCCUAAUGCCAGACCUUCCAGGCGCAGGGUAACGUUCGCUAGGAGCCCUCAACGGCCUGCAGAAAAUGCCGAAGACUCGGGAUGUGCUGCGCGCCCGGGAGCCGUGCCACCGAGGCCGGACGCAGCGACAAGGAACCUUCGUUGCAAACGCCUCGAGAUCUCCAGACGGGAUGGAGAAGUCGUCAAACUCGAGAUACAGGACGUGGUCGAUAUCAGAGCGUUGGGCACAGACGAAGUCCUUCCUGACACGAACGUGGACGACGUGAUAUAUCUGUUGGAAAUCACAGACGAAUUGGACGAACUGGUGAGGACACAGCUGAGCCGCUCCGGGUUAGAGGUGCCCAAACAGGUGUUCGACGCACACCUGGGACGUGACGUGUCCGGUAGCUGCUUCGUGAACGAGGCCUUCUUCAUGUAUUGGCCCGUUCCGGUCCAACAGGACUUGAAGUACUGGGAGAUCGAACAGAGACUCCGGUAUGAAGGCACCGAGUCUCUGAGCACUGAUCUAGAUCACAACCUGAUUUGGACGGGCUACGAGAGAUGGCCGAAAGGACUCCCUCGUCGGCCAUAUUAUCCAUUACUUCCUGCCGUCACCGGCAGCAGGAUCCUCCACUACGCGAUGACGGCUGCCUCCUUCUAUUCACACACCAGAGACAACUCGGGACGGUCCGUGCACGGCUGCGUGCUUGUUGAUCCUAGGCGUCAGUAUACGAUUAAGAGAUUCAACUACGAAUCUCCAGUCUCCGUUUCGAGUCUCGAGGUUGUUGAACUACCUCCGAGCAGCCAGUUUUGUUUCUUGGAGGAGCAAGCUAACCUUGAACGGAUAUGCGACAUGAUCGAGUCCAGACGCGGCUAUUUCUCGAGGCAGAACACGUCAACCGCAGUGAUCCAAUGCAUCACGAGUCUAAUACUUGAUGACAUGUUCGGCGUCAUGUUUCAAGUCAGCAGAGGACUAGACUACAUCGAGCUCUCGCUCUACAUGGACGAUCUUCCGGCAUCAGUUGUAUCAACUUGGCGAAAGUACCUGGGGCACUGGCGGAAUUCCUUGGUCUACUUCCGCACUUCCGCAUCUACUCUGCUGGAGGUAUUCGAGCACAGCUUAGGAUACGAUAAGCAACAUGCCAGGGGCUUCCAUGGCCAACAAGCAUCGGAAAUGGAUCUGAGAACCCUCAGCAAUCUCAGGCGACUGAGCAAAGACGUGGAGGCGACACGGGCUAGGGUUGAGACGGUAUUCCAGGCUCUAAUGUCGACACUUAGCAUCAUGGAGAGCCAGCGAGCUAUCGCCCAGGCUAAGGAGGUCUCAAAGCUGACAAAUUUGGCCUUCUUUUUCAUCCCUCUGAGCUUCGUAGCCACCGUCUUCGGGACAAAUGUUGUGGAGUUCCAAGAACAUUUCACCUGGCGACUCUGGGUCGGCGUGUCUAUCGGCACGACCGCUAUCACAUAUUUCGUGCUGUACUUCGCCGAGAUUAGCAACGCCUGGCGGAAUAUCACCGACUUCAUCCUCAGAUGGCUCGUUCCCCCGCCCAUCUUCACGUUGAUGUUUCUCCGCAAGAUGAAAUUCAGAAAUCCAGCUGGCCCGUUGGUCACUUUAUCGCGCCUUCCUGCCCUGGCUGUCUUUGUGGUCGACGCCGCUGUCCUGGCCGGCCUGUCGGUUGUGGCGAUGCGGUUUCCUCUGUCGACUGGCGCGGCAGUUGCAGUGUCGUUUGCAAUGGCCAUCGGCGCCACGGCAUUUUGCCUUGGGCCUGCUAUUCGGUUUUACAGCUGGCGCUUGUUAAAGUAUCCACCGUAUUCCCGCCCCUCGAGGAUGCCGACUGACAAACAAGCCGGUGGCCGUCGACCUUGGCUGUCGCAUUCGGAGAUUCUGCGUCGACUUGCCCGCCUCCCGUACGGGGGCGUGGACGAUUCCGCAGAGCUCCACGCCAGGAGAGCAGCGGACCCAGCAGUUCGACUUCCGCAACCACAACCUAAACUCAUCAACCCGGCACCUGGACGACCAACAGAUUCGGUGGCCAAGGUUGGCAGCCAUGGCAAGCUAGAAGCACUCAAGACUAAGUUGCCUACUGUCUAGGUGCCAAAGCUGGAGUCCAGCACGUGCCACUGCCAGCCCCAACUACAUAUUAAUGUUCGACUUAACCUGAGCCUUUUUUUUUUUUUUUUUUUUUUU